AUGCCCUCCGCCGCGAAAGCCGCGCGCGCGCUCGGCGUCCUCCUCCUCGCGUCCGCGCUCGCGUCCCUCUGUCUCGGCGGCGUCCGCGACCUUCGACCGGCGCCGCGGCGCGUCCCAGAGAAGACGACGUCGACCCGCUCGCCUUCCGCGCCGUCCGCGCCGUCCGCGCGGACGCCGCGCGCGUCGUCGUUCGACGACCCGUCGCGCGCCGUCGCGCCGCCGCGGUCGUCGUCGGCGUCGUCGUCGUCCAGAGACGCCGUCGCGUCCGCGUCGUCCGCGUCGUCCGCGACCUCCCCGCUUCUCUGCGUCGUCGCGCCGUACAGGGACCGCCCGGGCAAGGAGGGCGAGGUGGAGCGCUUCGUCGCGCACGCGUCGCGUUGGCUGCCCCGCGUCGCGGGCGUCGCGAGGCACUCCACGUGGAUCGUGCACCAGGACGACGACCUCCGGUUCAACCGCGGGUGGCUCCUGAACGUCGGCGUCGCGCUCGCGCGAACCACGGACGCGUGCGACUACUUCGCCGUGCACGACAUCGACCUUCUGCCGACGUCGGCGCGGCUGCCGUACGACGCGGUUCCGGAGACGGCGACGCACCUGUCGCCGCCGGGCGUGCAUCCGGAGUACAUCUACCCGUCGUUCAAGGGCGGCGCGUGGCUGUUCACGUGGGAGCAGUUGAAAGCGUUCGACGGGUACUCGCACGCGUACUGGGGGUGGGGGCAGGAGGACGACGACCUCGGCGCGCGGAUGCGACGCGCGAACGUCGCGCACGGCGCGGCGUUGAAAUACCCGGGACCCCGCGAAGAACCUUCGGACGCCGCCGCCGCCGCCGCCGCGAACGAGACGUGCACCGGCCGCGUCGCGAAGUGCGACCACGACCCGACGGAGCGCGAAUGCGGCAUCUACCCGUACGCCGCGCUCCUCACGAUGCGACGACGUCGGCGGGGUUGA